AUGCUGUUUAUGACUCUGGUGACUCUCAAGCACGCGGGUACAUGGGACAUUCUCUCCGCCAGCUUCGACGAGAGUGCCGCCACGUUCAGCAGCCGCAUCCACAACUUCGUUCGCGUCCUUCACCCGUACUUGGUCCGCAAGUACAUCGAUGAGCAAGGCAUGGAGUGGACGAUGCAGCAACUUGCUGUCACUGGCCUCCAGAUCACAACCCACAAGUCGGCGCUGUAUGCAGUUGAUGUGACGUUCCAGCAGACCACUGUCCCGGCGGUGAAAUUCGGCGAAAAGAAGACGUACUUCUCCAAGAAGCACGGGCUUUAUGGGCACAAGGUUGAGGUGUCUGUUGCACCCAAUGGCUUGGCGAUCAAUGUCACGGAUUGCGCUGUGGGAAGUACGUCGGACAUCGAAAUGUUCAAGGCUAACCUGGGCUUUCACUCGGCGCAACUGGAGAAGCAACCCAACGAUACCAAUGUCAGCGACACCGAGACGCUCCGCGACAAGUUUCCGAACCAGUGGGCAGUCCUUGCGGACAAGGGCUAUCAAGGCAUCCAAGAGUACGUCCGUGGUUUCACGCCAGUCAAGCGUCCCCCGCACGGUCAACUGACGAUGGAGCAGGAGCGGGCGAAUGCAAAGCUGUCGUCGGACCGCGUAAUUGUGGAGAACUUCUUUGGACGGCUCAAGACGCUGUGGGGUCUGGUGUCGGACAAGUACACAUGGAAGCGGGAUGAGUACAACAUGUACUUUCAGACUUGCGUGGCCCUCACGAACAUCCACGUUCGGUUCAAUCCAUUGCGGAGCGUGGACGGUGAGGGCUACAAUCAGUACAAGAACUGGCUGCUCUCGAUUGGAAGCAAGAUCAAGUCCAAGAACGCUUCGUCCAAGGCGAAGUAUCGUGAGAACCGCAGGGCCCGGAUUCAGGCUGUGUUGCGUCGUGCAAGCACUGGCUACACCAGUGACGACUACGGCGUUGGUUACGACGAGGGAAACGAUAUCUUUGAUUAA